UGGUAGCAGGAGUUGUACGAGAGAGAGAGAGAGAGACAGGAAGAGGUCCGUCCGGGAGCGAGAGCGAGCGAGAGAGAGAGAGAGAGAAAACCGCUCACCAGAUGGGGAGAGCUAAACCGGGGAUGGAAGAUGACGGACCAAUAGCUGACGCCUGUAAAAUGCCGAGUUUUAUCAGCAGUUUCGAGGAGGGGAGGGUGAAAUUGUCCCGCAACCUCCCGACAGAAACUUCCCUCACGGAUGGUAAAGUUGAGCGGUCGGCCAGAGAUUUGAACCGACGUGUCACCGGAUCCAACUCUCGGUUAUCACUCGAGGGAGGAGAGAGGGAGUCGGAGGAGAGGGGCAGCGAGGAGGAGAGGGAUGCGGAGGGCAACAACAACAACAACUGCAACAGCGGAGGAGAGAGGAGGAGGGCGAGCGCUGUCGAGAUUUUGAGGCGGAAUUUCGGGGUUUCAAAAUCUCCCUCUCUCCGUUUAAGUACAAGCAGUCGGAUGCAGUGCGGCGCCGAGCAUGAAAACCACCUGGGAAACGUUAACAACGCCGUUCCUAGCGGCCAUGAAAGUGACUGUGGCGACUGUAAAAAGUCGGACCGAGAAACGGGCGAAGCUGGGACGCGAAACGAGCCAACCUUGAGCGAGCUAGCGACUUCGGACGCUUGUGUAGUUAAGUGCCAUCAUUUAUGUGACAGUGACAGCAACACGGUAAGUUUGGACGAGGCGCUUACUGUCAAAGAACACGUCUACUGCACUGUUUACUGCAUCGCCAACGACCGUCAUCAAAAAGACGUUGAAAUCACAAGCCGCUACGAUGAAACGGUCACGUCUGAGGCACCAGAAAUGGACUCGGGGACAGGGCAGGAUGGAGUCGCGAGUCCCGAGCCGGCGCUGUACACACUGGACGACCUGGUGGAUCCUUUCGGGGAUAUGUCCCAUCACCUGUACACGGAGCAGGCCGGUGCAGAGAGCGCGAUGCAGAGUUGCCGGGUGUGCCUGGAGGACAAAACCAUCGCACCCUUGUCUUGCUGCAGGAAGGCCGUGUGUGAUGAGUGUCUGAAACUCUACGUCAGCUCCCAGGUGCGAGUGGCCAAACCUUACAUCAGCUGUCCAAUCCCGGAGUGCAGUGGCUACCUGGAGGAGGGAGUGGUGAUUUCUCACUUGGCCAAUGAGGACGUGGCAAAAUACCGUUACUUUUUGGAGCUGAAUCAGCUGGAUUCAAGCACCAAGCCCUGCCCCCAGUGCAGUCAGUUCACGUCUCUGAAGAAGCACAACCCCAACCACUCUGAGCACAAGUACAAGAUCCAGUGUAGCAAUUGCCAGUUUGUGUGGUGCUUUAAAUGUCACGCGCCCUGGCACAAUGGCCUCAAAUGCCGCGACUACAGGAAAGGAGACAAGCUGCUACGAACCUGGGCAAGUGUCAUAGAACACGGACAAAGAAACGCCCAGAAAUGUCCACAGUGCAAGAUCCAUAUUCAGCGUACAGAGGGAUGUGACCAUAUGACCUGUACACAGUGUAACACUAACUUCUGUUACCGCUGUGGAGAGCGCUACCGACACCUACGGUUUUUUGGGGACCAUACAUCCAACCUCAGUGUGUUUGGCUGCAAGUAUCGCUAUCUGCCUGAUAAACCUCAUCUGAGACGGCUAAUUAGAGGGUCUGUCUGUGCCACUAAGGUGCUGAUAGCUCCAGUGGUCAUUCUGCUGGUCGUGGUGCUUGGAGCUCUCGCACUUGUGAUAGGUUUGGUAGUUUUCCCAGUCUACUAUGUGUGUAAGAGGAGGAAGAAGCAGCGCACUCAGGGCUCUGGACGGUGGAUCUGAAACCUGCCCUGCACUACAUCCAGACCACACACACACACACACACACACAGCUUGAAAUGGCGACGCCCACAUUUCCUCAGGGACAGAAGCGCCAGCCUGAGUCAUCGCAAAAGUCUGGGAGGAACAUCAGAAAAUGGGGACUGGCAAUUAGUGCGGACCUGCAUUUUCUGAGCUGAAAAGGACAUAAAACCCCACAAAUUUAAGAUAAAUUCUUGAAGAACCACUGUCCUGUACAGUGCUGUACAGAGGAACACAUAAUGAAUAGUAAGUCUUUGAAUCCCUUAAAAAUUAAGAAAAUUUCACAGCUGUCAGGAAUUUCCUGCUGGCCAACUCUUGUCCCGGAUGCGUUACAGAAAGUUUCAGCAGUGCACAUGUGCAGCUUCUCAGUCUCACAUUUAACAACAACUACCUUUCAGGAGAACAACCCUAAACACAGGUAACAGACGGAUGCAGUUUCGUUUACACCUGCACUUUUGAGAAUGCGUUAAAAGAGGAAGCUGGGAGCCGGUUGGUUAGAUGUUUUGACUUAUGGAUUUUGUGGGCAAGAGGCUUUGCCAGUGUUUCAAGGAACAUUCAACUGCUGGGAGAGCUGGAAAAUGAUAGGAGGAGCUCAGAGGUGACCAACAUGGAAAUGUGAGGAAAUAAUAAUGUCCUUAUUUGCAAAGGUUGUUUGUUCUGCAGUUAGCAAUGAAGAAGUGCAAGAUGGAAACUGAAUUUGGAUCAAGCCAUGAUGGAGAAAUGAGUUCUCACUAAUGCAACAAGACCCGGACAUUGACUUAGUUCAUCUUCCUCUGUUGGAAACUCAAUUUUCAUUGGAUAUUGAAAAUGUCUGUUGCAAUUUGAGUCUUUGACAAGCGCCCACUGUGGAAAAUAACAUAAAAGGACUAAACUUGGAGGGAUGGAAGGAUGAUGCUACUCUGAUAAUGCUAAUCUUGGCUACCCUGGAUAAUACUGACUCUGCCUGAUCUCAAGUUCUUGUGCUAGAAGCCUUGAAAGAUUGGGUUGUGUGUCUAAGAAUGACUUUUUCCAAACACACAUUCUUCGCACUGACCCAUAAAUGAAAUAUUGGAAAUACCAAUGAAAUUUUUGUGAGCCUCCAUUUUUUCCUGUUGUGGUCUUCCAUCAACUCCUCCCUCUUUCUGUCUCUGUCCUUCUCACUUUCCUU